GCCUCGCGGGGCCAUGGAAACAGCAGUGAUCGGAGUGGUAGCAGUGCUGUUUGUGGUCACUGUAGCCAUCGCCUGCAUCCUGUGCUACUUCAGCUGUGACUCGAGGACCCAGGAUCCUCAGGGGGGGCCCGGCCGCAGCUUCACAGUGGCCACAUUUCGCCAGGAGUCUUCUUCCUUGAAGGGGCCAGGUCACCGUGCCAAGCCCGUGGCGGGUGCCCGGGACUUCUGGACCUUCAUGUGAGGCCUGACUGCCCCCAGGAUUUGUUCUGCUGAUGGAUCAGACUCACUCACCACCCAGCGAGCCCUCCCUGGUGUUGUACUCCUCCAAGUCUGGCAUUCCUGUUCUUCCCUGCCUCUAUUCUGCAAGCUCCCCGUCCUGUCCCAUCCCAUGUCACCUUGCUGUGUCUUCCAGCCUGGAGAUCCGCAGGGGUCUGAUUUCGCAGGGACUAAGUGAAAUUCAGCUCGGACCCCUGAGGACUCAGCUGGACCCUUCCCACAGGAUGGGGCUUAGGAGAGGCCUGAAGAGUGAGUGACUGGGCAGCGUCAGCUUGCAUGCUGGGCCAUCUCUUCUGAUUUAUAUGGGAGACUGAGAUGUCACUGGAAUUGAUUGUAAACAGUGCUGGUUCACUCAGGUUACCCUGGGAUGCCCGUGACACUGGUGCUAUUGCCAUCGGAAGAAACAGUGAGCUUGAGUAGACGUUUUUACCUGCCCCUCUGACUCAGUCGUUUUGUUACUUGCAAGUGCACAUUGCAGAGAACCUGACGCCGAGAACUGUCCCCUGCCAGUUGCCUGAAUCAGCCCUGAAAUCCUAAAACCAAAAGGCUGCUUCCUGGGAACCCCUGAUUGAUUUUAUAAUUGAAAACCCUUCAAAGGCCUCUCAAGACUCAAGGUCAAGAAUCAAGAGAAAAAGGAAACUCACAGAAAGCACAAGAUGUUUUAUUAACAAGAAAGCCAGAAAGAAGACUCUGAAACAUAUUUCAAAUGAGACUUUAUUAUAUAUUCUUAUAGGUCACUUCUAUUCUUAGAGAAUGCAUCACUUAGGAGUGAUAGAAAAAUAAUGAACUGAAAGAGAAUUCCAAAUAAGUUAAAAUGCUGUGUUACAUUGAGAGCAUGUAAUAAAGCUCUUGUCUUCAUCACAAAUAAAGGGAUGCUCAGUUUUUAUUAACA